AUGCUCACCUCCAGAUCCAACUCAUCCUCCACGUCGUCCUGGUCCGUCGUGCCACACCCAUCUCCCAGCAUGUCGCUCGCAGGCAAGGUCUUCACCAUCACAGGGGGCGCCAGUGGCAUCGGCCUCGCGACCGCCAAAUACCUGUCCGCGCGAGGGGCGGCCGUCGCCCUUGCCGAUGUGGAUCCUGCUGCGAUGGAAGCAACCAGGGCCUACUUCACCCCGCUCAACGUGCCCUUCAUGAUCCGGAGCGUCGACAUUUCCCAGCGCGAGCAGGUGGACGCGUGGAUCGACGAAGUGGUCACGACUUAUGGACGUCUGGAUGGCGCUGCGAACGUGGCGGGUGUCAUUGGCAAAGUCCACGGCACGCAUGCCGUGACCGAGCUUGACGAUGGCGAGUGGAGCAGGAUCAUCGCGGUCAACUUGACGGGGACAAUGUACUGCCUGCGCGCGCAGCUGCGGAAGAUUGUGGACGGGGGUUCGAUUGUGAAUAUCUCGUCGAUUCACGGGCUCAAGGGAUUUGCCCGCCACGCCGCGUACGACGCCAGCAAGCAUGGUCUGAUCGGACUGACGCGGUCCGCGGCGCAGGAAGUCGGUCAUCGCGAGAUCCGCGUCAACGCUGUGGCGCCAGGAUCCGUGUACACGCCUCUGAUGCAGAAGGAGUGGGACAAUGCCGGCCGGCCAGCGGACGCUCCCUUUGACGAGCCCACGGCGUUUCGGAGGCGGGGGACAGUCGAGGAGACGGCCAAUGUGAUUGGGUUCUUGCUGGGGCCAGAGAGCACUUUUGUGAGCGGGAGUGUCUACCGUGUUGACGGUGCUUGGGAUUGA